AUGAGCUCAAAGGGCUCGGCUGAAGCAUCAAAAGGCUGCCGCACCUGUAUGCGGCGACGCAUUCGAUGUGACCUCGGUCGUCCGGCUUGUUCAAAAUGCAUCAAGAAGGGUUUCAACUGUCCAGGAUAUGGGAGGCAUUUGAGAUGGGCUGAUGGCGUGGCCGUCCGCGGCAAGCUGAAAGGCCAGAGGCUGCCUGUGGCGGGCUCGGUGCCUAUGGAGUUGCCGGCACCAACAAACGAAGAUUCGGUUUCCGUUGCGACUUCACAGGCCCUCCAAGCGAUAGAACCGGCGGCUCUUAGUAUUAAUAAGGCGAUAGAGACCGCCUCUGCGACACCGAGUCUCUUGAAUUUCACACUCUGGGCGUCUUCGCCGGAUAUAAUCGAAUACUAUGACAAGAAUCUGGCGGGACGAAUGGUUUGGAUCGAUUCGGAAGAGAAUGACUAUCGACGACGGAUGCUGCCCAUGGCGGCCAACGCUCCGGGUCUUCGGUUCGCCAUUGCCGCGUUUUCUUUGUAUCAUGGCUAUCACGGGCCCACGAAUUUCCCGACUGAGUUGGGUCGAUAUCACGAAGAGGCGCGAGACGCAUGCUUAGAGGUUUUGCAAAGACAGGUCCGAGAAAUGAACAGUCGGCUCAUCAGCGGGGCGGAGCUGAACACCCGUGCGGAUGUUGCCAACGCAGAGUGGAUGCUGGCCUGUAUCCUCGUCAUUGCCAACUAUGAGAUGGCCAAGAAUCAUUCAGAGGCCGCCGAAGGCCAUCGACUUGCUGCAAGGAGGAUUGUCAAUGUCUUUGGGCAGAACGAAGCAUGUAACAAGGGCCUGUUUGCGUUUCUAAGGAAUCAGCUCGCCAUCCAUGAAGUUCUAGGUUCAGCAACGUCGUUCGACUUGAUAGAUGUGGCGGAGACGGUUCUUCCUACGCCAAACUCUGGAAGCCAUGUUUUGUUCUCCGAAUACCUUUCGUUUCUGCAUCAGAUCACUUUGGCAUCACGGCGGUCCAUGGCCGUUAAUGAAGCCAUCGACGUGUCACAGUGGCCCGAAAGCUUUACCGCGAUUGAAAUCCAGUCUCGUUUUGAGCAGGCAAGAGGCCAGACUCUGAUGAUUGCGGGCAAGCUACAAAUGAGUCCACCGAUUGUCCGCCGCGACUUUAUCAGAUUAGUGGACUUAUACCACCAUGCAGCGGUUGUCUAUGCAUACAGAUGUCUGGGAUAUGCAACACCGGGUAACUUCGAUUGGCUGGCUUCAGUUAUGAAGCUGUUUGAUCAGUUUGACCAGAUUGAGAACAUCUCCAUCUGCGUCCAAAACUUACCGUGGCCGAUUUUCAUCGCAGGCACAGAAUGUCAUGGCGAUGCAGAAAGGCAACACAAAGUUGCUACAAUUCUUGAUACUGUCAUCAACAUGACGGGCUUCAACCAGUAUGAAACUAUCCGGAGCUUUCUUACAGAAUUUUGGAACGGCCCGGAGCCCAACUGGCUCCCGGUUGCACAGCAGCUGCAAGCGAAUGGACUUCGAAUUCUGGUCGUAUGA